ACUUGCAACAGAAGGGGGGCUAAAAGAGAGAAAAUAAAGAAAGCACUCCCACCAUCAUAUCAAAAGCAAAAGCUACGGAAAAAAAGAAGAGAUAACAAAGGGAGGAAUUCAAGGAAGGUGAAGGGUUUCUGUGAAAUCUUUGAAGAAGAAGAAGAUGCAGACAAUCGAGCAGCAGCAGCCUCAGAACCAGUUAGUGGUUCAAACCUCUGGGAGUCUGAGCUUCAGCUCCCAAAUGUCAAAAGAAGAUGAGGAGAUGUCAAGGUCUGCACUUUCUACCUUUAGAGCCAAAGAAGAAGAGAUUGAGAGGAAGAAGAUGGAGGUUAAAGAGAAGGUUCAAGUCCAGCUAGGUAGGGUUGAAGAAGAGACCAAAAGAUUGGCCAUGAUUCGAGAGGAACUAGAAGCCAUGGCAGAUCCCAUGAGAAAAGAUGUUGCUCUGGUCCGUAAGAAGAUUGAUUCAGUAAACAAAGAAUUAAAGCCACUUGGGCAUACCGUCCAAAAGAAGGAGAGAGAAUACAAAGAAGCCCUUGAGGUAUUCAAUGAGAAGAACAGGGAGAAAGUACAGCUAAUCACCAAAUUAAUGGAGUUGGUGAGUGAAAGUGAGAGGUUGCGGCUUAAAAAGCUGGAGGAGCUGAGUAAGAACAUUGAUUCCUUGAACUAAUACAUAUAGCCACCAGUGCUGUUAACUCAUUUAGGUUGUGUGAUGUAUUUAAGGUUACUUUGAUAUUUAUAUAUGGGUGUCUUUUGGGUUUGGGUGUAUUCUAUGUUCUUGUUGGUUUUAUUAGCAUCAUUUGUGAGGCUGAUUUAGGAAGGGAAAAACCCUUUUAAACAAGUUUGUAGCUAAACUAAAUGCAUCACGACUGCAUUUGUCAUUUUUUUCUUGUUCUUUUGGCCUUUUGUUCACUCAUCUUGUUUUGUUUAUUUCAAGCUUCUGUGGUAGUCUUGUGCA